AUGCUAAUUAAAGUGAAGACGCUGACUGGAACGAAGAUUGAAAUUGACAUUGAACCCACAGACAAGGUGGAGCGAAUCAAGGAGCUUGUGGAGGAAAAAGAGGGAAUCCCCCCACAGCAACAACAACUCAUCUACAGUGGCGAACAGAUGAAUGAUGAGAAGACAGCAGCUGAUUACAAGAUCCUAGGUGGUUCAGUCCUCCACCUUGUACUGGCUCUGAGAGGAGGAGAAGUCCAUAAGAACCAAGAUAUUGUCUUGAAUAUAUUCCAUAUGAAUUUCAAGAUAAUCUAA